GCUUGAAGUGAUGUUGAAAUAUUAUGGUGGUGAAAGAAGAGAUCUCCGAUGACAAUGCCAAGCUUCCCUGCUUCAACGGCCGGGUGGUGUCGUGGCUGGUGUCUGCAGAGGGUUCCCAUUCAGAUGCUGGCUCAGUCUGUGCCGAUAACCAAACGGAGCUGCCUCCUUCCAUGGAGCGCACGGGAGGAAUUGGAGACUCCAGGCCCCCCUCUUUCCACCCUAACACUGGGGGGAGUCGAGAAAACUUGGACAAUGAGACAGAGACAGACUCAGUGGUGUCAUCACAAAGGGAACGACCUCGUCGGAAAGAUGGGCCUGAGCAUGCACCCAGGGUGAAUGGUACAGUGAAGGGAGAGCGACGCCGAGACCUGGGUGGGUACGAGAGCUCCUCCACGCUCAUGAGCAGUGAGCUGGAGACCACCAGCUUCUUCGAUUCAGAUGAAGAUGACUCCACCAGCAGGUUUAGCAGUUCGACAGAGCAAAGCAGUGCUUCCCGUCUAAUGAGGAGGCACAAGCGACGCCGGCGGAAACAGAAGGCUCCACGCAUUGAGCGGUCAUCGUCCUUCAGCAGCAUCACAGACUCCACCAUGUCCCUGAACAUCAUCACGGUCACACUGAACAUGGAGAAAUACAACUUUCUGGGCAUUUCUAUUGUGGGACAGAGCAAUGAGCGUGGGGAUGGAGGCAUUUAUAUUGGCUCUAUCAUGAAGGGCGGCGCUGUGGCAGCUGAUGGCAGGAUUGAGCCAGGAGACAUGCUCUUGCAGGUAAAUGACAUCAACUUUGAGAACAUGAGCAACGAUGAUGCUGUGCGGGUGCUGAGGGAAAUUGUGCAUAAGCCGGGGCCCAUCACCCUGACGGUGGCCAAGUGCUGGGACCCCAGCCCUCGGGGCUGCUUCUCGUUACCCAGGAGUAAGUGGAUAGCUGACCCACCCUUAACGCUGGUGCCCAGCUCAUUUGCUCCCCAGCGGAUCUGGGCUGGGCCAGACUCUCCAUGCUCCGAUCCGGGUGAGCCCAUCCGGCCUAUCGACCCGGCAGCCUGGGUGUCUCACACGGCAGCGAUGACUGGCACCUACCCAGCGUACGGUAUGAGUCCAUCCAUGAGCACAAUCACUUCCACCAGCUCCUCCAUCACCAGCUCCAUCCCAGAGACCGAACGCCUCGAUGACUUUCACCUGUCCAUCCACAGUGACAUGGCCACCAUUGUCAAAGCCAUGGCCUCACCAGAGUCAGGCCUGGAGGUGCGUGACCGUAUGUGGCUGAAGAUCACCAUCCCCAAUGCCUUCAUCGGUUCGGAUGUGGUGGAUUGGCUCUAUCACCAUGUGGAGGGCUUUACAGACCGUCGUGAAUCCCGCAAAUAUGCCAGCAAUCUGCUGAAGGCUGGCUACAUCCGACACACCGUGAACAAGAUCACCUUCUCGGAGCAGUGCUAUUACAUCUUCGGGGACCUCUGUGGAAACAUGGCUAAUCUUUCUCUUCACGAUCACGAUGGCUCCAGUGGUGCCUCUGAUCAGGACACUUUGGCUCCACUUCCCCACCCAGGAGCUGCACCCUGGCCUAUGGCUUUCCCGUAUCAGUAUCCACCACCUCAUCCAUACAACCCCCACCCCGGCUUCCCUGACCCAGGCUAUAGCUACGGAGGGGGCAGUGCAGGCAGCCAGCACAGUGAAGGGAGCCGGAGCAGCGGUUCCAAUCGCAGCGGCAGCGAGAGGAGGAAGGAGAGAGAGAAGACCGGGGAGUCCAAGUCAGGUGGCAGCGGGAGUGAGUCGGACCACACCACGAGAAGCAGCAUGCGACGUGAGCGCGCGGCCAGCGAGCGCUCGGUGCCGGCCAGCCAGCACAGCCAGCGUAGCCAGCACUCUCUGGCUCACAGCAUCCGCAGCCACCACAGCCAGCAGUCGUAUGGGCCGCCCGGCCUCCCCCCUCUCUUCAGCCCCCCCAUGUUGCUGAUGCCUCCACCGCCUUCAGCCAUGGGGCCCCCCGGGGCGCCGCCGGGUCGUGACCUGGCCUCUGUGCCCCCCGAACUGACAGCCAGUAGACAGUCCUUCCGAAUGGCCAUGGGCAACCCCACAAAGAAUUACGGGGUGUUUGACUUUCUCUGAGCCUGCCGCCUGUGGGGGGGAGAGCUGGAGCAUGGCGUGGCCCGACAGGAGGACACGGAGCUCCAGGGGCGCUGGGCACGCAUGGCGCUGAAGAUGGCUUCUUUCCUCCCCUUUGCGGAAGACGCCCUGCCCUUCCCGCAGCCCUGAGAGGGGAGCAGGGACCAGCCUUAUAUAUGUGUUUUAAAUCCCGUUGUAGUCGCCUUUUGGCUAAUGCAUGAAUGUUCCAGGGCUUCAGUGCCUCUGGGGAGUGGAGGGAUGCUGCCACUUCCCUCUUGCCUCCCUUCCCUUGCCCACACAUUGGGCCAGGUCUGAGCCUGGCAUUGCCCCGGGGCAGGACCCUCCUUCACCUUGCCUGGGCUGUGAGUCUCAGGGCUGGGGCUGUACCUCUGUAGUCAGCCCAGAGUGGUGGUGGGUGCCUGCACAGUCUUGCACAACUCGGGGCCCUGCACCUGCCCUUGAGUACUUGGGGGGGAUUUAAGGGCAGAGUUCUGUUCCCUCUAUCCUCCUUUUUGCCCUCUUGCCUGCGACAUACCGCUGCCUGUCCCAUUUGUAGGGGCUGUCCCAUGCCUGGGGCUGCUGGUGGCAGCUGUGGCCUUCUCCCUCCUGCUGUUACACUCAGCAGUGUGACAUCUUCAAGGGCUUGGAUGGAGAUAAAACUGUUUUGCUUUCAUGCUUUGGGGAAACAUAGAGGUCCCCUGUAUUUGCCCUGUGAAGGGCCCAAGCCUGCCUCCUACUCUGCCCAGGACGAGGAGCGCUGCUGGCCUGGCUGCCAGGAGGGAUGAGACUCUGGGAUGAAGGUGGGAUGGUCCCACUUCCUCCGCGCUGUCGACAGCACCUGGCAGCAACAUGAGCUCUCCGGGGAGGGAGUCUGCAGCCUGAACUGUGGCCUCUGGGCUCGAUGCCCGCAGAUAUGUCAGGACAGUUGGGUCUGUUUGCUCUGGCGUUCCCUGCCCUUUUUCAUUCCUCUUCUGGGUACUCAGAGAUGUGCCUCGGGCUGGGGGCAGCCCCUUCCCCAUGCCCAGGGCCAAGCACGGUACAGUACAGACACACUCGACCCUGCUCCCGUCGGUGCUGGCACCCUGUCCUACUGCCGCGCCAUGGCUUUCUCUUCAGGCAUUGCCUCCUGUCUUUCUCACGUUUGCAGUUUUUAUAUGCUGGAGAUGUGUUUUGCUCCUUGGGGGUCUGCCUUGCCCCUACAACCUCUCUGCCAGCUCUCAUGUGCCAUCAGUUCAUCUCCCUGUGACUCCCUAAAGCCUCGGCUUUCCGUCAGCCUGCCCUGCGCCUGCUCUGCCAUCCGCCUGUCCCCUGAUCUGGGCUCCAACAAGCUGCCGCCUAUCCCCCCUCUCCUAAUGCCACCCAGCAGCCUCCCUGGCCACUGCUCACGUCCUUGCCCUACCCUGCCCGCUGGGUUUUAUACAAACAAAACCAAUCUCCUUGUUUUUAUUUAUAAACAU